GGGUUCUGCGCCUGCGUGCUAGACAGUAAGCGGUGCCAGUGGCAAGUGGGCUUUCACCUCCGCCGCGCGCCUCGCGAGGUUCUUGUCACUCUACGCGGAAUAGGGAAGGCAUCUCCUUGAGUUUGCGUUUUCGGGGAAACACACAGCAUUGACACUUUAUUUGAAUUAUCUACUACUGCUUCAGAAAAAAAAAAAAAACAAAACUCAAACAGUGGGGCUGUUUCUAAGACGCUGGGAAUCAGUAACGAAGAAUAGUGAUCCGGGAGAUGAUCUGAGCUCAAAAACAGGCUGCUUUCAGGGAUAUUAAUAUUUUAUAGAUGUGAUGCCGGACAGCGAACUCAAACAGAGCCCAGCGGAUUGUCUGCGUUGGCAAAAUAGAACUGAUACUCUGGGGAGACCAAGGUUGCUUACUAGGCAGAGGGGGAUAGCAUGCUACUUUCAUACCUCCAUUUCCAUAUAUGGCAGAAGCUUAGCCGACUGCACACGCACAAAAAAGACGGAUUCUCCUUCUGGCCUGGAAGAAGCAUACAACGAUGUUGCAAAUUGCUUGUGAAAGGAUUUCUCCCUGUUGCUGAGGCUGGAGUUCAGUGGCUCUAUCUUGACUCACUGGAGCCUUCACCUCUGGGACUCAAGAAAUUCUUCCACCUUAGCAUCCUGAGUAGCUUGGACUACAGGGGAGUAAAGGAAAAGAGAUUUUGCCAUUCUCUUCAUUCUCUCGAAGUAUUCCCUAAGGGAGAAGAGCAAAUGAACAUGUAUGAACAAGUCACUAUGCUGCCUUUGCCCACGGAUGUAAGUAAGGACAGACACCUCUGUUUUCGGGCCCAAAUGUUGCAUUUUCCAAGACCACCCUGGUCCACCAUUCCCCCAUUCUGUCCCUACAAAAACCCAAGAACCUGGCGGGAACAGACACAGUGGAUGGACAUCAAGAGGAACACGCUGGCAGAAGAGCACACUGACAGAUGCCACAGAUCAUCGAUGGUGGAACGAUGUGGACACAGAAGGAAAUUCACCCAGGACAGUGGGAGGAGAUCCUGGCCACUGAACAACAGAAUUCCAGGGGAAGGCCACCUUCCCACUCCACCAUGCUUCUGGCUCCUAUCCAUCUUCUGAAAGCUUUCACCACUCAAUAAAACCUUGCACUCAUUCUCCAA